AUGUGGAAGGUUGCUUCAUUUAUUGGGAGGAAAAGCCUUCCUGCGAGGAGGUGGCGGCUUGCGAAGGGGGGGUGGAGGCUUCCUGCGGGGGGGAGGAGGCUUCCUGCGGGGGGGAGGAGGCUUCCUGCGGGGGGGAGGAGGCUUCGUUUUGGGUGGCGGAGGUGGUUUCUUGUGGGUCGGGGGGGUGGUUUCUUGUGA